GGUACCCCAUCAAACCCUAACUGUUACUCAACUGUUUACAAACAGAAAUCCGAUAUCAAACUCUCAAAAUGGCCGCCACUUCGAUCCCCAUCCGAGUCGCCGGAAUCCAAGCCUGCGCUACCUCCGGCCACCGCAGGAAGGAUGCAGAUCGCCGUAGAAACUCCUCCGCAAACUGGUUGACCCCGAUAUUCGGCUGGUCCUCCGAACCGGACUACAUUGAUUCCAGCAGUAAAGAAUCGAAUACGCAGCCAGCCGAGCUAGAAGCUGUUCCGGCGGCGACGGAUUCGAAACGGCCUAAACCGCGAUUCGCCGGUGGCUUCACGGAGGAGAAGGCGAAGCAGCUCCGGAUGAAGACCACGAAGUCCUUUCACGAUACCAUGUAUCACUCCGCAAUCGCUUCUCGACUAGCCUCAGACUUCAAAGCCCGCACCGAUCUUUAGCAUUUCGCUGUCUUUUUUUUACGCGGAUUGUAUGUAGCCAAAUUAUAGGGUUUCAAUGUACGUAACCGUUGACGCAAAAUGAUGAAGAUGAUUAGUGUUUAGAUUUUAGACUACUAAUCGCUACGGCUAUGUUGUAUGUAACAAGGAUGAAAUAUGAAUAUAAUUGAUUAUUACUCGAUGAA